ACGAGGAAAAACCCGUGACCUGGUAAAACGGUGGAGGACGGCGGUACGCUGGGUAGACGCCAGGUUAAUUUAAACGGCCCAGGAGUGCUGAGUUGUACAUCAAUGUAUCUGUCUGGGUCCCAUUCUUCUCUCUUAGUCCGGUACGUCCAUUCUAGAGCUCGUAGCUUCCCUCUGACGUACAGGGCACCCUCUGGAGGGAAAUCAGUUUCAACUACAACUGGAGAAGAACUUAUACUCCGGGACAGUGUUAGUCUAAGAGUCGAUCCGAGGGGUAUUUUUAAUAAUUUGGAGUCCCAGUCCUCCCCUUUUGUUAGCUCGAGUGUCUUUACAGUUUUAGCAGCCAUCAGGAUUGGAGGAGAUAGAGAGAAAGUGCCCUGGACCAGGCUAAAGUGCAAAAGUUCAAGCGCCAAAAUUAAUAACUUUCUUACUAUUAUUAAGUCACACCUCCAGAACCACGCCUACUUUACGUGGGUGUUUGUUGCUAUAGCCACACCUUCGAUUAAAAUGGCAGAAAGAAAGGCCACUAACAAGUACUAUCCGCCACAAUGGACUCCUAGCCACGGGUCACUCAAUAAGUUCCAAGGGUCACACCCACUGAGAGAGAGGGCAAGGAAGAUACACCAGGGGAUAAUCGGAGUAAGAUUUGAGCUUCCCUUCAAUAUCUGGUGCAAUGGGUGUGGCUCUCACGUUGGUAUGGGCGUCCGAUAUAACGCAGAGAAGUCUCAAGUUGGGAAGUACUACAGUACUCCAAUAUUCAAGUUUAGGAUGAAGUGUCAUCUUUGUGAUAAUUAUUUUGAAAUAGAGACUGAUCCAAAGAAUCAUGAUUACGUGGUGACGACAGGUGCUUCGAGAAAGAAUGAACGAUAUGAACACGAAGAAGGCGUGACGGCGUCCAUUGAAGGAAAGGCAGAGAAGCAAAAGAUGGAGAGUGAUCCCAUGUUUAAACUGGAGCACACGGUAGAGGAUAAGGAGAAGAGCCAAGAUGAAACACCAAGAAUACAACUACUGCAAGCUAUGCAGGAAGAGAAGAAAGAUGAUUUUAGCAUCAACCAAUUAUUAAGGAAAAGAUUUAGAACGGAGAAGAAAGAGCUGGAGAUAGAGGAGGAGGAAGAUCGCCAGCUGCAGAAAAGAGCCUCGAUAUCGAUACCACUAGUUAAAGAAAAGGAAUCAGAUAUACAACUAGCUAAAGAGACAAAGUUUGCUAGUCAUACUGCACCUCAUAAUCAUUCAAAAACACGUCGUGACAUUAAAACCUCGUCUUUGUUCGGGAGGGACAGGAAGAAGACUAAAUCAGAGGAAUUAGCUGCAAGGUUAAAGAUACCCAUUCAUAAUGUAGGAACUGGGCUUGGUAGCAGUAGAGCAAUAUCUAUGAGGAGACAAUCGUUAGGACUUAUAAAGAAAUAAUAAUAAUCAGUAUAUUAUUGUAUUGUAUUAUAUAAAUAUUAUCAUUUUAGAAGUUGCAAAAGCAAACAAAUGUGAGCCCACUUAUUCCCCCCUGGCCGGCUGCCCCCUA